AUGGUAACAGCAGUUCUAUUAGUUCAAAAAGCAAACCUAGAGACAAUAACUCAAUUCCACGAUCAAAUAUCAAAUGAAUUGCCUACUGCCAAAGGAAAAUGGAAUUUCAACUUUAAAAUUUUCAGAAAUAAUCAAUAUUCGAUUCCUCAGGAACUAGUGGAUACUCAUGAACAAGCGCCAGAAUCGAAAUUUCUUUUCACGUUGUCACCAUCCUAUUUACGUGAUUCCACAAUCACAUUAAUCAAUGGUAAAUCAGCGGGUGUAUUUACCAACUCCAUUGAAGAAGAAUUGAGCGAGUUAGGGCAUCCAAGUGAUUUGAGUAUACCAAAUGAUCACUUGCGCAGAGGUGCUACUACAGGGUUAAAUGACAAAUUUGAUAACUUUAUAGGUGCCAAAUUGCAAAGUUUGUGGACACAACGACAAUUGAUUAAAGGAGAUGGAGGUCAAAUAUAUGAAUUGGAAAAUGGAAAUUUGUGUAUUAGAACGUCAAACGUAUUUUUGCAUGGUAAUUUUCGUGGAUUGUUGAUACAAAUUGAGAUGAGCAAUAGUUUAUGUGAUACUAAUAAUCAUAAUAGCUUCAAGGAGCAUUUCAACAAAAUUGUCGAAAAGUAUGGGUUCCCCGAAGGAAACCUUUGUUGUGAUGUAUUGGAUAAGAAGAAUUUAGAUAAAUAUGGAGAUCUUUGUUUACAGUAUUCAAAGAUCUUGAACUUUUAA